AUGAGUGAACACAAGGACAGAGCAGACGGUCAAGACGAGGCGACGACAUGCCAAGACUGUUCUCCCGACCCCGCCGCCACGCCCGUCCAGCCAGCACAGGCACAAGCACCCAUACCCGCACCCGCACCCGUCGAGGAGAGCGCGAAGGAAGAUAUCCUGGACAAGUCGACCUUCAUCCCGCCUCUCUCGCACAUCGCGGGCGAUCUACCGAGUCCGAGUCUCGUCAUCGAGUUCUGCCACAGAUGCCGCUUCUACCCGCGUGCAAGCUGGAUCCAGACGGAACUGUGGCUCACCUUCCCUCCGGACGAGUCUUGCAUCCUCCCUCCUCCCUCCUCCUCUGUCUCAAAAGAAGGAGGGAAAGGGGGACAGGACCAGAAAAAAGAGGGACACAUCAACGCCAUCCUCUUGCUCCCACGGACGAGUCAGGAGACGGGCGGACGGUUUAGGAUCUGGAUCAACCUCCCCCCUUCCCCUCCCCUCCCAUCCUCGACGACGACGACGGUGACUGAAGAGAAGGGAAGGGAGGGUGCGGUCAAGUGGGACCUCAUCUGGGACCGAAAGACGGAUGGCGGGUUUCCCGAACUGAGAAAGCUGAAACAACUCAUCCGAGACCGAAUCGCACCGGGAAGCGGGUUGGGGCAUAGCGACAAGACGGUCUCCUAG